UCCCACCCCAACUAAAAUACCACUUCCAAGUCUCAAGUCACUUAUUCAAUGGCUUCUUCUCCUUUUUCUUCAUCUUCUCUAUUGGGGUUGGUAGUAUACAUGUUUUGCUCUCUCAUGGCUGCCUCUGCUGGCAAUUUUUACCAAGACUUUGACAUCACUUGGGGAAAUGACCGUGCUAAGCUGCUUGACAAGGGCCAGCUCCUCACUCUCUCCUUGGACAGAGCAUCUGGCUCAGGGUUCAAGUCCAAGAAUGAGUAUUUGUUUGGAAAGAUCGAUAUGCAGCUUAAGCUUGUCCCUGGCAACUCUGCAGGCACGGUCACCGCCUACUAUUUUUCGUCACUAGGGUCAACCCAUGAUGAGAUAGACUUUGAAUUCUUGGGGAACCUCAGUGGUGAUCCUUACAUUCUUCACACCAAUGUGUUCAGCCAAGGGAAGGGCGACAGAGAGCAACAGUUCUACCUCUGGUUCGAUCCCACUGCCAACUUUCACACAUAUUCCGUCCUCUGGAAUCCCCAUAACAUCCUAUUCUCAGUGGAUGGCACACCCAUUAGAGUGUUCAAGAACCUGGAGGCCAUGGGAAUUCCAUUCCCAAAGAAGCAGCCCAUGAGGAUAUACUCCAGUCUCUGGAAUGCAGAUGACUGGGCUACAAGAGGUGGACUCGUAAAAACAGACUGGUCCCAAGCACCCUUCACUGCCUCCUACAGGAACUUUGAUGCCAGUAAUGCCUGUGUGUGGUCUUCAGGAGCAUCCUCAUGCAGUUCCAAGUCUCCAUCUUCCAGCAACAGUCCAUGGAUGAAACAUGAGCUGGACUCCACCAGCCAGGCAAGGCUGAGGUGGGUGCAGAAGAAUUACAUGAUCUACAACUACUGCACUGACACUAAGCGCUUCCCACAAAGCCCUCCCCCUGAAUGUGCUUAAGACUUGAAUGGAAAUUGUGUACUUUCUUCGUAUAAAACAAGGCCUUUUGCUUGGUACUGUACAUAUUUCUAUGCAUUCAAUAAAGUGUAAAUGUUGAAUAUGGGCUGGUUGGAAUUUAAUUUUUGUUUGUGAUUGAAGUGGCCAAUGAAUAGAGGUAUGAAAGUAUACAUAUGAA